CGCUUUGUGGUGGCGCAAAGCUUGAGCUUGUGCUAUGCUGCUUUAGCUUGUUAGCUUAGCUGACCUUAGCAUUCAACGAGAGCAUUUUUAGACAUGCAGCAAAUUCAUUUUAGUGUGUAACUGUCGUGUUUUGACGUUUGCAGAGUUUUCGUCACCCCUGUUUAUGAAUAAACACAUAAAAUAAAGCGUUUGUUCGCUGUGGCGUGAAUGCUAACAAGAGGAAAUGCAUGCAUUUUCAUUCAUGUUUGGGUUGAUGUACACAUUAAGAUUUGCUUAACAGGAUGUCAAGACUUGCUGUCCCUGGUUGUUCAACAUCUGCUUCAUAACCAUGCAGGAAGCUGUGGACCUGGAGUCCCAGCUGGCCUGUAAAGAAAGAGAAUGGAAAGAACUUCAGGGUUUGCGGAUCCGGCAACUGGAGACUGCUCUAAAUGAAGCCACAUCAGAGCUGUACGGCCAGAGAGAGCGUUUCCUCCGCUUGCGUGAUGACUUUAAAUAUAAUCUGCGUGUGUUGGAGGAAAGGGACAAAGAGCUGGAGCGUUAUGAUGCCAUGGCAGCUCGUUCUCAGACGGAGGAGAGCGCGAGGCGGGAAGAGGUCAGUGAGCUUAGGAUCGAGAUAGCGAAACUUCAGAAUGCCCUAGAGGAGCAGCGGAGAGCGAAGGAGGACAUCGAAGUGCAAUUUCAGAAAAGAGGAGUUGAUCUUAGAGUCAAAGUGGAAAAAGUGCAGAGCAAAAUGGAAAGUGAGAUUCAGAAGCUAAGAGAGGAGAAUGAAAAAUUGAGACGGGAUCUCCAGCGACGAAUUAGAGAAUCUGAUGGAGAGCUGGCACUGCAGAGACAGGAAAUGAUGGCAGAUUUUGAUAGUGAGAUCAGAAAACGGGAGCAUGAAUUUCAUUUGAAGCUGGAUGAAUUGAACAGCCUGCUUCUCUCCUGUGAGCUCAAAGAAAAACUAUUGAACAAAGAGCUAGAGGUCCAUGCCAAAGCACACAGCCAGGCAACUGAAGCCCUGCAGGCCUCUGAGGAACUUUACCAGCAGGCUCAAAAAGAGAUCCAGCACAGAGACUGGGAUCUAAAAAACACCACCGCCAUGAAAGACUCCAGGAUAAAAGAGCUUGAGGGAACACUGAAACAGCUAGAAAACAACUAUAAAAAAGAGCAGGAAGUCUACGACAGGAAGCAUGCAGAGCUGGAACGAAGGUCUCGGGAGAGCAAAGAUGCAUUGGACCUCUUGAGAGAAGCUCAUGCCAGGGAUCUCCAAGAGGAGAGGGAGAAAUCCUCAGAAUUGCAAGCCCAACUGGACAGGACGAUCCUGGAGCAGGAGAGGAGAGAAAGAACCCAUACAGAUGACCUGGAACAUAGAGCCCAGCAGAUACAAGAGCUCAGAGCACAGCUGGAAACAACUCGAUCUGGCUGGGAUACUUACAUCAUGCAGGUCUCCAAAGAAAAGGUUGCCAAGGAUACAGAGCUGUUUUCUGCAGGGGAGAGAGAGGCCAAAGUGAGAGCAGAGCUGGAAAGGUGUAAAGAGGAUAUAGAAAGGUACAAGCAGCAGGUGUCAAGUGGUCUGCAGAGGGAACAGGCACUGGAGCAGAAGAGGGUUCAGCUGGAGUUGGACUGGGAGAGACGCUGUGAGGAUGUGCGUUCUGAGCACUACCUGAGGAGUGAGGAGAUCAUCCAAAACCUUACUCAGGCCAGAGAUCAGGUGACUGCUGAGUUAAGAGAGAAGGAACGUGAGUUGCAGGAGACGAUGACACUGCUGCAAAGUGUCACUGUGGAGCGAGAUCAGGCUCUGUGUGGAAACAAACCAGCACUAACUGGAUUUCAGACAUCUGUAAUAGAAGGCAGCAGUUUUCCAUCAGAAGAGAUCAGGAGACUCCAGCAGCAGAACAACACUCUAAAAGCAGUGGUGACUGAAAUGAGGAAAGAGAUGGAGAUCCUGAGCAAACAGAGGCUUGCAGCUCCAAGACAGACCACAAAUCCAGAGCCCAGCACUGCAGUUUCAGGGUCUACAGACUACACUAAAGCUUUAGAGAAAGAGAUUCAGGAGCUGAAGGCCAAAUGUCGAGAUCUUGUGGAGCGUUUAGAGGAGUCUUCCAAGACUGUCAACCCUUCCAUCAAUCCUACCCCUGCGUUUCCUGUUUCUCCGGACAAUGCUUACCUUCAGAACCACAUUAGAUCACUUAAUGAGACCAUAGGUGGGCUACGAGUGGAGAAAGUUGCCAAUGCCGCUGCUUUAAAGAAACAGGAAGUGAGGCUGGCUCAUUUGGAGUCAACUGUGGAACAGCUUACCCAGCAGUGUCACUCAAAACAUAUGGAGAACGAGAGCUUGCGUUUAGAGCUGGCCAAUCACAAGAGGGCAGCAGCGGCUGAAGAAGCAAGGCUUAAACAGAGAGCGGGGGCUGCUGAGCUGGAGCUGAAAGAAGUGAGACGGGAAGCAGAAGAAUACCAGAAAGGCAGUUUGCUCCACAACCUGGAGACUGUUGCUCUUGGAAACCAGGUGUCAGCACUGAAGGUUGACCUUGCAAGCAGGAGAGAGCCAAUUUUCCUUAAUCAGAGUGAGAUGGUAAAGCAGCUUCAGGAGGAGAACCUGUCCCUCAGAAAGCAGCUUGUGCUUCAGCACAGCUCAUCCAGAUGGAGUGCCAGUGGGGACAUUUCUCUGCUUCAGUCAAAGCUCAAACUGGCUGCACGUAUGAUCUCUGGCCUUAGUCAGGACAAACAGCAACUCAUUGAAAUGGGCAACAGGCUGCGGGCUCAGCUCAUAGAAGCAGGCCUGGACGUUGCACGACACUCAAAGAUCAUUCUUAAACCAAACGAGCCAGAGCCCAAUCUGGCAGAAAAAGACCCAUCUCAACCAGAGCACGGGGUUCAGCCAAACAGCCGCUUAUCUACCCUGGAACAGCUGCAGUACCAGCUAACCACUCAGGAGCUACAGUAUGCACAGAGAGAUCAAAAUAAGAAAACGGCAAUUAUAGUCCGUCCUCAGUUCUCUGAGAGUGAGAGUUCAGAUAAACACAGAACCACCAACCCAUGGGAGCCAUCAGUCCGAGUCCAGUCUGUGAGCAGUAAAGAAAACACUCCGCCACAACAGAAUAAGCCUGAAGCUCUGGUUCGGCACCACAUUCUGUCAUCUAUAAGCACUGAUGAGUCCCUUCAGAAAGUGUGGCAAAUGUUGGAUCAAGGUUUGAGUUCCUCUGUGUUCUCUCCAAGUGACAGUGAGGACAAAGGUAGAGUUUCUACAGCUGACAGAGGAUCAGAUAUUACUCAGCCUCCAGCUCCACUGGUCAGCGUGGAGGGCAUGAAAGCAUCACUCCAGGAGAAGAAGAAACAGAGCCGAACAGCAUCUGUACCUGCUAAAAAGACACUUCCUCCUGGAAAACACGCUAAGAUUCGAAAUUACAAUAUCAAAGACUGAAAUGAUGCAUUAUUUUAGCUAUGUUGCUUUUCAUUUGUUCAUUUUCUAUCAUGCUUUUUUAUUUUAAUAAAUUAUUGCCUAAUUUGA